UGCUUAAUAUAUUAUCUCGCUUUAAAUGUAAAGAAAAUGCAAAAUAUUACGUCACACAGUGAUUCAAACUUUGGAAAUCACUUCGGAAAAAUAAGACAUUCCUUUCCUUGAAACUAAUUACGCACGUGAAAGACAAUCGUGACAACUUUCGUAUCCACGUGCGCAAGCUAACAAGGCGUUACGCGUUCGCCGAUUAGCGGUGAUUCGAAGACACCAACAUAAGAUGAAUUCGCUUUUGACGUGCUUGCCGCAUAAUGAUUUAGAGACGUAGACGUAUCGUAACGACGGGCGCCACAGACGGGCGGAGCUCCGUCACGUUUCUUGCCUUUCCAGAGGGGCAAGAAAAGGGUGAGAGAAAGACAGAGAAAAGGGAAAGGGAGAGAAAUUCUCUUGGGGCAGAGCGAAGGGUUCAAGAGACACACGACGUGGCAAGGACCGAUCGUCGGCGCAUCAUGCGACGUAACUCGUAAACGGAAACGGGGGAACGGGGGCUGGCCCGAAUACGGAAUUGCCUUGAGAGAAACGGGGAAACGGGGAAGCGACCCGGUAACCCAGCGGAACGAUGUACGCCGCGGCGGGCGGUGCGAGCAUCGCCAACCGGAGGAAGCAGAAGCGGUUGCAGCUCAAUAAACAGGCGCCAAUCAACGUCGUUCCGCCAAGACUGAAGGCCGGCGUAGCCCCCGGCGCGCGGCAUCAUCAGCAGCACCACCAGCACCAGCAUCAGCACCAGCACCAGCACCACCACCAGUACCAGUACCAUCAGCACCACCAUCACCACCAUCAUCAUCCGACCAAGCUCGCCGCCCGUCCGCACCAAGUCGCGUCCGCGCCGCAAGUCUCGCGAGCGCAGCAGCAACACCAGGCGCCGACGUCGACCUCGUCGUCGUCCGCCGCGUUUCAUCCGGGCAUCGAUGAUCGGCGCCGCCACACCGAUCACGAUCACCACCACCACAAGUCCCAGCAGGUCGCCCCGGUCUCGCCGAUCCAGUUCCCGAUCUCGCCGCCCCCGCUUUCCCUCGAAUCCUCGGCGUCCGCCACCACCUUUCCGGCCAACAAGUCCAGCAACUUUCCCUUCCCGCCGCCCUCGAUCCUCGACCUCCGAGUCUCGCCUCCUACUUCGGAGCUACAGUAUAGCGUGAAACAUGCCUCCUACGAUUAUCAUCGACGAGAACGAGCGACGAUCGAUGGCGGGUAGCGCGCUGUUAGAUCGUUACGAUAUCGAUCGCGAUCAAUGAUGGAACUUUGAGGUGGACUCGAGAGACUGGUUUCUUCGCUCAUCGUGUUGGGGGAAAGGAUAAGAAA